AUGUUGCUGCUGGUAGUGCUUGUGGCCACAGCCUCCUGGUCUUAUGGAUUUGCACAGGAAAUUCCCAUGCAGAGUCCUAUAUCCAUCAUCAAGUUCCAAAAAAGUGCACGGAUGACAUGUGAAAUUCAAACAUUAGAGGCAAAUUUUGAUGGCAUCGUCAUACACUGGUAUAAGCAGAAGGAAGGUGAAGCUCCAGAGAGGCUUUUGUUUGUUUCAGGAGGCAAAGUUACCAUUGAAAGUGGCUUUCAAGAAAAUAGAUACAUGGCUGAAAGAAGUUCUAUCCAGAAGCGGUGUGUUCUUACAAUAAAAGAUGUAAUUCCAGAUGAUGCUGCUACUUACUACUGUGCCUACUGGCAUCAUUACAACAAGGUGUUUGGCUCAGGUACAAAACUCAUUGUCUCAGAAAAAGGAAGUUCUCCUCCAGCAAACUCUGAAAUCCUGAAGAAAAAACAUGAAAAUCAGAUAGUGUAUAUUUGCCUUAUUGAGAAAUUCUACCCAGAAGUUCUUAGGGUGACAUGGACUAAAGAUGGAAAGGAGGUAACAGACAACGUAGUAAGAGGUGACACUUGGCAGUCCACAAAAGAGGAUGAAUACUCAAUUGCCAGUUGGUUAACUGUGCCAGCAGAGAGUGAAGGCAAGAAUUACUAUUGCAAAUAUGAGCAUGAAGAGAAGAAUAUUUUACUGGCAACACAAGAUUUUGUGAAGACUGGUCCUCAGGAAGAGGACUGCAGAACAGUUUUUAAUAGAGAUCAGUUAAUGCACAGGACAGCAUAUUUAGUAUAUAUCAUCCUUCUUCUGAAGAGCUCCAUGUACAAUAUUAUCAUACUCUUCUUCAUCUAUAGAAUCAAAUUCCAUUACCAUUCCUGCCAUGAAUCUCUAGGGAAAAUGUUGUCUGGUUACCCUACUACACCACGUUCCAACCAGGAGCUGUCGCGUCGUGUGCCGCCGGGAGCCGUGUACUUUCACCGGCUCUUUUUCUACGCAGCAGCUCAGCUCGAGUUCUACCUGCUCCCCUGCCUGCGCCCGCUGCUGGCGAGAGCAUUCCUUCCCCCGGCGGACUCAGACUUUUCAGCAACGGCCAGCAUUGAGAACCCCCGCCACCAGCCUGAGUUUGCAGUAACCUUUUGA